UUAUUUGUUUUGGCUGGUAAAAGUGGCGGAAAAUGAUUACCGUUUUAAAACUUCCCUGACUUUUACACGGACAGUAAACGCAACGUGAUCACGUGACUGAACACCGGAAGUGACUCGAGCGUCAACAUUGGGAAAGGAUGGCGUCAUCUGACUGGCACCUGUCUUUGAAGUUGGUAGACCAGCCCAAAUCCACCUUUCACUUCCCUGAGAUGAUGCCAGGGGAUGUUGCACCAGGAGGAUACAGAGUGGCUACCCUCAAACAGCUGGUAGCAGCCCAGCUCCCCAACUCCAUCCCUGACCCUGACCUCAUUGAACUGGUCCAUUGUGGUCGUAAACUUAAAGAUGAUCUCACAUUGGAUUGCUGCGGGAUUCUACCGGGAUCGACCUUACAUGUACUAAAAAAGACAUGGCCAGAACCUGAGAGCAUUGCAGAACCUGUGAACAGAGCCACUGCGGCCCGAGAGUUUAGAAUGCUCCACGCUGCUCUCCACUCUCUGCACUCCACAUAUAGAGAAUCAGUCUACAAAAUGCUGACCAACAAAGAGUCUCUGGAUCAGAUCAUCGUGGCCACACCCGGUCUCAGAUCAGACCCAGUGGCGCUCGGCGUGCUCAAGGACAAAGAUCUCUUCGUGCAGUUCACAGACCCCAACAUGUUGGACACACUCAUCAGUUCUCACCCAGCCCUCGUCAACGCCAUCAUCCUGGUGCUGCACUCCGUGGCCGGAAGCAUGCCCGCUCAGUCCGCCGCCUCCUCGUCCCGCAACGCGUCGGCUAGUUCCUACAGCGACAUGCCAGGAGGCUUCAUGUUUGAGGGCAUGUCUGAUGACGACGAAGACUUCCAGUCCGGCAGCCCUGCGGGUCCGUCGAGCAGGCCGGGGUCUUCGGCGGGAAUACGGCCGUUAUCCUUGAACCACAGCGGCGCCACAGGGCCUCGACCCAUCACGCAGAGCGAGCUAGCCACGGCGCUAGCCCUUGCUAGCACGCCCGAAAGCAGCGCUGUGACACCGACGACAGCAAGUCAGGCGGAGUCCUCCAGUGGCGCCGCCCCCAUGCCAGCAGGGACCCCGGUGAGCAACGACCUCUUCAGCCAAGCACUGCAGCAAGCCCUCCAAGCCUCCAACAUGUCGGCCCUGCAGGGCCGCUGGCAGUCUCAGAUGCAGCAGCUGAGAGACAUGGGCAUCCAGGACGAGGAGUUAAUGCUGAGGGCAUUGCAGGCCACCGAAGGAGACAUACAAGCGGCCCUGGAACUGAUCUUUGCUGGAGGACCAGGACUCUGAGCACAGAACUUAUCUAUGGACCAGGACUUUACCAGAGAAAGGAUGAUUAUAAGAAGCAGGAAAAGAGUCUUUGGGGAUUUUCUGGACGUGUGGUCAACUUUACUGCUUGUUAACACGCAGACAUUUUGUGCAUGUUUACAUGCUGGUAUUUAAGCACCGUGAUACCCUCACAGGUCUUUUUUUGACUUGACACCUCUUGUAAUAAAUUCUUGAAAUGGAAAAAAAA